GAAGGCUUUUAAACACAUAUUAAGACGUCUUAACAGGCCUUCUCUGCCACCAUGCUCCCGGCUCAGGAGGCUGCCAAAAUUUAUCACACCAACUACGUGCGUAACGCCCGGGCAGUGGGCGUACUGUGGCAGGUUUUCACCAUCACAUUCGCUGUCAUCACAGUGGUGGUGUUCAUCCAGCCCUACUGGAUUGGGGACAGCGUGAACACCCCGCAGGCCGGUUACUUUGGCCUAUUUCACUACUGCAUAGGGAACGCGCUCACCUCGGAGCUCACGUGCAAAGGAAGCGCGCUGGACUUCGGCUCCAUCCCGUCCGGCGCAUUCAAGACGGCUAUGUUCUUCAUAGGGAUCUCCAUGCUGCUGGUGGUGGGCAGCAUCGUCUGCUUCAGCCUCUUCUUCUUCUGCAACGCGGGCAGCGUCUACAAGAUCUGCGCCUGGAUGCAGCUGGCCUCCAGCACCUGCAUGGUGAUUGGCUGUAUGAUCUAUCCUGACGGCUGGGACUCAGACGAGGUAAAGCGCAUGUGUGGCCAGCGGACCGAUAAAUACACCCUGGGCAACUGCACGGUGCGCUGGGCCUACAUCCUGGCCAUCAUCAGCAUCAUGGACUCGCUCAUCCUCUCCUUCCUGGCCUUCAGCUUGGGAAGCCGGCAGGACAAGCUGCUGCCUGAGGACUUCCAGGUGGAGGGGAAAGACAACCCCUAGUCUACCCUGUUGACAACAAAGGGCAGAUUGAGACUCUUCCAGGACUACAACUGACUUCAGGGACUGAAGUGUAUUCAAAAGCUUUGAGUUGCUUCAUUACAAUCAUUAAAUAUUAACCUUCCAAAACAAGCUCAUUCAGUCUCUUGAGAGGUUGUAACACUCAACAGACUUUGAAAACACUGAAAGAGAUGCUGUCAACUUUCAGUCGAUUUCUGCUUCUGGAUUUUGGACAAAGACAAGUGAAUGAACUGUCUGGGGACUAUAAUUUUAAAUGAUCAAUACAGAGCGGUUUAUUACUUUGAAAUGCUGACCGGCUGUUUGUUACAUAAAGAUGUAUAAGUGUGUUUUUCAUUACUUGUGUUCAUAAUUUGACAUCCUAAAAGAAUGUAUGUAAGGAGUAAACAGUCACCAGA